GAGAGAGAAAAAGAACGAGGCAUAGGCGUAGCGAGAAAAAUCUUGUGGCUGACACAGUCGGCAAGCUAGAGGAGCGAGAAAGAGACGACAGUGGAUAGUCGGCGCUCGUCUAGUCCCCUACGCGUUACCUCGCGCCGCCGCGGACCGCCGCUCGCCGCUGCGCGCCGUCUCCUACGUCAUGCUGCUCGGCAGGGUUGGGAACGUAUAAUACCUUAUGUAUCGUACAUAGGUUUCAUACGUAUGAUACUAGGGUAUGAUACUACUUUAGUUUCAUACAUGUGCCUCGUAAAAGGCGUCAAGGUCCCGCAACCCCGCAUAGCCACAUAUUGAGGAAGGAAGGGAGGACAAAUAAUAAAUAAUAUAAUGAACAAGAGCGGAAAAUCUAAACAUUCUUAUUGGACGGAAGGGGGCUUUGUCCAAAAAAGAAAUAAUACAGAAAAGUUAAUUGCACAGUGCAAAGUUUGCAAUAAAAUUUUGCAAAACACUGCAAUUAAUCGCUUAAGAAACCACAGAAAAAAAUGUUGCUACGAAUCUAACCUCGACACACCUAAUGACAGUGAUGACGAUCAUACCGACAAUGAUAUUCAUAAUAAUUAUAAAUCUGGAUUAGAUGAUUAUGAAGCUCCACUGAGGAAGGAAAAAAUUUUACCCGAAGAUGACAGGUAAUCAUAUAAUUAAAUGUUUUUGUC